CUCCUCUUGUGCAGUUCUCCUAUCGCCUUCUCACUUUGCCAAUUCCACGCGUUCCGGGUGUCUGUGACGCAGUAUUCCUGCGUCCGCGUCGUUUGGAGCCGCGACGCUGAACAUGGCGCGUUCCUAGAAGCCGCUUUCGGCAUCAGUAGGCGGCGGCGUGUGGACUGGAAGCGUGAGGCGCGGGACCAACCGACUUCGCUUCGUGUUGGGGACUGGAAGCGGGAGAGCCGGGGUAUUCCGGACCGAACCAAACGGUGUCCAUGGAUCUCAAUAGUGCCAGCACUGUUGUUCUUCAGGUCUUAACACAGGCCACCAGUCAGGAUACUGCUGUAUUAAAACCAGCAGAGGAGCAACUGAAACAGUGGGAGACACAGCCAGGUUUCUAUUCAGUGUUAUUGAAUAUUUUUACAAACCACACUCUGGAUAUAAAUGUAAGGUGGCUUGCUGUGCUAUAUUUUAAGAAUGGAAUUGAUCGUUAUUGGAGACGUGUAGCACCUCAUGCUCUCUCAGAGGAGGAGAAAUCUACGUUGCGUGCAGGGCUAAUCACCAACUUCAACGAACCAGUAAACCAGAUUGCAACUCAGAUUGCAGUGCUGAUUGCAAAAGUUGCUAGAUUGGACUGUCCUAGACAGUGGCCUGAACUCAUUCCCACUCUUAUAGAAUCUGUGAAAGUCCAAGAUGAUCUUCGACAGCACAGAGCAUUACUUACCUUCUAUCAUGUUACCAAGACUCUGGCUUCCAAACGUCUGGCUGCUGAUAGGAAAUUGUUUUAUGAUGUAAGUGAUUUAACAUAGUUAAUUUUGAUUAUGAGAACUGCUACUUGUGUAGAAAUGUUUGUAAUUUUACUUCUCUAUUGUAUCGAAAGAUUAUGAAUUCUUUCCAUUUGACCUUAGAAAGUUUAGAAUAAUAGAUAACAUCUGAAAGAUUUUAAACUGGAUAGUGAUGCGACCCAUAAGAUGGCUAGGUUGCCAGAAGCGGGGUAUUGGUUGGUAGAGAACAGUCUGAAGGCAGAGACUGUUUUGAGGGUAUUGAAGUUCACAUGGGAAAAAGAAGCUGCGAUAAAAGGGAGCAUUUAUGAGGGAUAGAGCUGAAAUUCAGAAAGUUAAAAUUUUGACUUGCUUGGGUAAUUGAUGGAUGUAGGUCAGAUAUAGGGAGGGAGUUUGACAUAACUGGUGGGUGAGAGCCCUUUAUUGGUUGUUUUAACACCAUUUGUUGAAAAGACUUUGCUUUUUUCAUUCACUUACUUUGACAUUUUUGUAUUUGACUGUUUUCACCUUACUAAAGUAGUGAUUUUCAUGCUGUUCAACCUGUUUUGGACUGCACCUUGUAACACUGGUGACUCUCAUAGUAUUUUUGCCUUUUGUAAGCCUCACUUUGACCAUAUAAUUUGGGAAUCUGCAUUUUUAACAGGCUCCCCAGGUGAUUCCUACGUACAUCAAAGUUUAAGCCAGAAUUCCAUUAGGUUCCCUAUACUUUCUUUCAAAAAAAAUUUUUUUUUAGUGUUUGUUUAUUUUUGAGGCGGGGGGGCAGAGAGAGAGGCAAAGAUUCUGAAGCAGGCUCCUGUCUCUAAGCUGUCCGCACAGAGCCCGAUGUGGUGCUUGAACUCCCAAACUGAGAGAUCAUGACCUGAGCUGAAGUCACAUGCUUAAGAGACUGAGCCACCCAGGUGCCCUGGUUCUCUUUACUUUUAACCUAGUGGUUUUAAAUAGCCAAUCUUAGAUUUAUUCAAGGAUGUUGAAUAUAAGAGAAAUUGCGUUUGUUGAAGAUUG